AUCAGCAAGGACCGCAUCCGCCACCACGGUUUCGACCACGAAAGCACCACAUCCAAGAAUAUAAUAGACUGCAGAAAUGACACCUCAAACGACUUUUGCCACUCUUUCGAAUACUCCCCUCCUCCUCCCUCCAGAUCCGCAACAGAACCCUAUAACUGUGUGGCGGUGACUCUCAUAAUUCAGGAAAGAAAGGGAACUGACUCGACAGUGAGCAGAAUCUCUCAAAAGGAGUGACAACGAGAACCUCUACGCAAUGCGCUCCAGAUAUGAGUCCAGCGAGGACGAGUUUUCGUACCGCGAGGAAGAGAUAUUGGCCUCCUCAUUGUCGUCACCGUCGCUACGGUCCUAUGCUGUCAAAAACAAGAGCAAAAGCAAAAGCAAAAGCAGUGUUGGUGGCGACGACCCUCAUUCAAAUUUUCUCGAAGCCGAGGAUGGAGAACCUCUUCCCCGUCUCCCCACGCCUAUUCUCCAUGACCAUGACGACUCUGAGGAUCCAUUGCCGCCACCACCACCGCAGCAUGAAGAAGCCAUCCAUUGGAUCCUCGAGCGUGUCCUCCAGGACGUUCUCGAGUACAUCCAGCCAUACCUGGAAGACCAUGUCAACACCGUGCAAACCGAUCUUGACCGGUAUUGUCGAGAAAUCCAAGAAACACAAGCAGACCAGACCCGUGCCUUAUCCGAGCAAAUCGAAAGGAUCCAGAAAAUCAAACGAGACAUCGAUGGGCUGCAGUACCAAAACACCCACCACAACCAAGCCGAGGAGCUACUCGUCCAGGCCCUGGAAGAUCAGGCUCGGGGAAUGGUAGGGUUGAACCAACGGCAAGAGGCACAUGAGCAGGAUCGACAAUUAUGCGCGCAGGCCUUUCAGUAUCUGGAGAACAUGCGGAUCUUAUUGGGUUCAGCACAUCAUGAAUUAGAACAGGCUUCCAUGGCCUUCAGAUCGGCGGCGCGGCCGGACCCAGGUUACCGUUCGUGGCAGUUCCUGAUCCUGUCGAGCGUGCUGUUCAACUUAACUGCAUAUGUGUUGUGGCAUCUGUGUGUUUGGGCUACAUGCUGA